AUGACCCAGGAUGCUGAAGUGUGGACACAGGAUGCUGAGAUGUGGAAGCUCCUUGCCGAUUCGUGUGGAUCUGAUGGAAAGGAUCUGUGUGAUCUUACAAACUCAGCUGUCGGGGUAAAGUUCACGCCCUCGCAGCGAGACAACCCGCGGCCACUUGUUUCGAUGGGAGAGGUGGAGGCUAUGAUUCUACUCAAGAAUCAAACAUCAGUCCCUGUCCCCCAAGUUUUCAAUGCCUAUAUGAUUGAGGAUAUCGGAUUCAUCUUGAUGGAAAAAAUACACGGCAUCCAGCUCAGUCAAAGCUGGUCAAAAUUACCGCCAGCGCUGAAGGAGUCCCUUGUGCAGGUGCUACGAGGCUAUAUACAACAAUGGCGCCAAAUCGAGGGAUCGUUUUUCGGGACUGUCGAUAGCGGCCCAUGCCAGGAGAUUGUUUUCCAACGGAAUUCAGUCUACAAAUAUGGGCCAUUCGCCUCCCGUAAGGACUUUAAUAAAGGUAUUGUGGAGGCUAUGGAAAAUUACAGGCCUAAUCUAAAGCUCGAGACAGAGACAGAUAUUCUCUUUGCAGAAGAACUCCUCAUAUCUGGAACCGACUAA